AGCCCCCUUCUCGCCAAUCUCGCCCCCCAACACACCCCGCCGCCGCCUCGCCCCCCCACCGCAGCCUCGGCUCCCCCCAUAUUGUCAAGCUUCCUUGGCGAGGGGUCUCCCCGGAUUGGCAGAAUGUACCCCCAGGGAAGGCACCCGACCCCGCUCCAGUCCGGCCAGCCCUUCAAGUUCUCGAUCUUGGAGAUCUGCGACCGCAUCAAAGAGGAAUUCCAGUUUCUUCAGGCUCAGUACCACAGCCUCAAGCUGGAAUGUGAGAAGUUGGCCAGCGAGAAGACCGAAAUGCAGCGACAUUAUGUCAUGUACUAUGAGAUGUCCUACGGACUCAACAUUGAGAUGCAUAAGCAGGCCGAGAUUGUGAAGCGCCUCAGCGGGAUCUGCGCCCAAAUCAUCCCCUUCCUGACACAGGAGCAUCAGCAGCAGGUGCUGCAGGCCGUAGAACGAGCCAAGCAGGUGACCGUAGGGGAGCUGAACAGCCUUAUCGGGCAGCAGCAGCUCCAGCCCCUGUCCCACCAUGCCCCCACUGUGCCCCUCACCCCUCGCCCCGCCGGGCUGGUGGGUGGCAGCGCCACGGGGCUGCUGGCCCUGUCCGGAGCGCUGGCCGCUCAUGCUCAGCUGGCCGCCGCCACCAAGGAGGACCGGGCUGGUGUGGAGGCCGAGGGGGCCAGAGUGGAGAGGGCCCAGAGCAGGAGCGCGUCCCCUUCGCCCCCCGAGAGUGUGGUGGAAGAGGAGCGGCUGAGCGGCCCUGGGGGCAGUGGGAAGCAGAGAGCUGAGGAUAAGGAACUGUCUGGACCGUAUGAAAGCGAUGAAGACAAGAGUGAUUACAACCUGGUGGUAGACGAGGACCAACCCUCAGAGCCCCCAAGUCCAGCCACCACCCCAUGUGGAAAGGCACCCAUCUGCAUCCCCACCCGUCGGGACCUUGUGGAUAGUCCGGCCUCCUUGGCCUCCAGCCUGGGCUCACCACUCCCCAGAACCAAGGAGCUCGUCCUGAACGAUAUUCCCGCCAGCACUCCUGCCUCCAAGUCCUGUGACUCCUCCCCACCCCAGGACGCGUCCACCCCCGGGCCCAGCUCGACCAGCCAUCUCCGCCAGCUUACUGCCAAACCAGCACCUUCCACCGACAGUAUCGCCCUGAGGAGCCCCCUGACCCUGUCCAGUCCCUUCACCACAUCUUUCAGCCUUGGGUCCCACAGCAGCACCCUUAAUGGGGACCUCUCUGUGCCCAGCUCCUAUGUUAGCCUCCACCUGUCCCCGCAGGUCGGCGGCUCUGUGGUGUACGGACGCUCUCCCAUGAUGGCAUUUGAGUCCCACCCACACCUCCGCGGAUCAUCCAUGGCCUCCUCCCUGCCCUCCAUCCCUGGGGGAAAGCCGGCCUACUCCUUCCACGUGUCUGCGGACGGGCAGAUGCAGCCGGUGCCCUUCCCGUCGGACGCGCUGGUGGGCGCGGGCAUCCCCCGGCACGCGCGGCAGCUGCACACGCUGGCGCACGGAGAGGUGGUCUGCGCCGUCACCAUCAGCGGCUCCACGCAGCACGUGUACACGGGCGGCAAGGGCUGCGUGAAGGUGUGGGACGUGGGCCAGCCCGGCGCCAAGACCCCCGUGGCCCAGCUGGACUGCCUGAACCGGGACAACUACAUCCGUUCCUGCAAACUGCUGCCAGAUGGCCGCAGUCUGAUCGUGGGUGGGGAGGCCAGCACCUUGUCCAUUUGGGACUUGGCGGCCCCCACCCCCCGCAUCAAGGCCGAGCUGACCUCCUCGGCCCCUGCCUGCUAUGCCCUGGCGGUCAGCCCGGACGCCAAGGUCUGCUUUUCCUGCUGCAGUGAUGGCAAUAUCGUGGUCUGGGACCUGCAGAACCAGACCAUGGUCAGGCAGUUCCAGGGCCACACAGAUGGGGCCAGCUGCAUCGAUAUCUCCGAUUAUGGCACCCGCCUCUGGACGGGGGGCCUGGACAACACGGUGCGCUGCUGGGACCUGCGGGAGGGCCGCCAGCUGCAGCAGCACGACUUCAGCUCCCAGAUUUUUUCCCUGGGCCACUGCCCCAACCAGGACUGGCUGGCUGUUGGCAUGGAGAGUAGCAACGUGGAGAUCUUACAUGUCCGCAAGCCGGAGAAAUACCAGCUGCACCUUCACGAGAGCUGCGUGCUGUCCCUCAAGUUUGCCUCCUGCGGGCGGUGGUUCGUGAGCACCGGAAAGGACAACCUGCUGAACGCCUGGAGGACACCGUAUGGAGCCAGCAUUUUCCAGUCCAAGGAGUCGUCCUCUGUGCUGAGCUGUGACAUCUCCGGGAACAACAAGUACAUCGUGACGGGCUCGGGGGACAAGAAGGCCACCGUGUAUGAGGUGGUCUACUGAGACCCCUCGUCCUGAGUCCCCGGCCCACUCCUGAGGGAGGGACAUCCGGGACACUGCACCCACACCCCCUGCCCCAGGCGUACCUGUGAGUGAUUAAUCUACUCCCCAGAGGACCCCUCUCGUCUUCCCCUGCUGGGUGUGGGGCUGGGUGGGGAGGGGCCUUUGGGGAAAUACAUGUAUUUAUCACAGCUGCCUCUCUGUCUUGGAUGGGGCUGGGUUCCACUGCGGUUAACUUUUGCUGGGCACUCCCCCGAUGGACGCCACUUCUGGCCGUGACGCGGGGCUGCUUUUCCCUUCUCGGGACGGUCGCAUCACUUACUCUGGGUGAAACACUGGGGUGUCCGCCACAAGAAACAAGUGUGCUGGCUUGAGUUAUGCCGUGUGACAAAUGGCAGUUGAACACAAUACGGUCUCACGUCCCUUAGCCACAGGGACACUUUCUGAGAAAUGCAGAGUUAGGCGAUUUUGUCUUUGUCCCGACAUCACGGAGUGUAAUUACCCAGGCCAGAUGGCGCAGUCUGCCACACAUCUGGGCUGUGAGGUGCAGUCUAGCAGGACUCCCCUUGUAUUUCUGGCCCGUGGUUGACCAAAACAUCAUGGAGCAACACUUGACGUCCCCACCCAUGCCCACAGCGCGCCAGGACCCGACCAGCACGCUCGGGCCUGGCCUCCUUGACACGUGGCUCCAGGGCAAGACAUGUACAAGGGUUGGGGGAUGUCGGGGAGUGGGUAGCUAUUGGGGUGUAGCUGUUUCUUUGAGAGGCAGAGAAAAUUCCAAAGAGCCGGGCAUGAUGCCUGGCCCACUGUAAGGUCCUAAGCAAAUGUCACGGCCCCGGAGGAGGUGACACUGAGCCCUCAGAGAACACAUACAAAGCCUCUGCGGGGAGGAGCCUGACCUGGUGCAGACCAGGAGGGGAGUGGAGUCUGCUCAGGGUCUCCAGGUGAGGUUUCAGCAGAGAAAGCCUGUGGGAAUAGCAACCCGAGUUGGGAGGGGCUGCCGGGGAGGUGACAUAAUAGUCAGAUCUGGCUUCCAGAAGCUCAUGUGGGCUGCCACAAGGACCCUGACUUAGAAAGUGAUGCCAGGGUGGCUGGAGACCUGGAUGGAGAUGACAGGG